GUGCCAGAGCCAGGACCACUGGGAGUCUCUGCAAGCGCAACAACCGCCGACACGCCGAGAAGAAGAACGAGUUUCUUUAUUUCUUUUCCACAGUGUGCGUGGGGGGAGCAGGGCUAUGACACGCGUAUAAAGAGCCCCAAAGUACAGUGCUAACGCAGGCGGAUCUUUGUUUUAUUCCCCCCAAAAGAUGAGUAAAGACUCAAAGUGCCUGCGACAGCUCGGUGCGACUCUGCUCUUCCUAGUCCUGUGCGCCGAGGUACAGCGAUCCGACUCUGCGGCUUGCCAUGGAUGUGCAGGAUCCAAAUGUGACUGCAGUGGAGUGAAAGGAGAAAAGGGUGAAAGGGGUUUCCCAGGUUUGACGGGACAGCCAGGCGUCCCAGGAUUCCCUGGACCAGAAGGACCAAUUGGGCCCAGAGGAGAGAAGGGUCCACCUGGUCUGCCAGGACAAAAGGGAGACCCAGGUGAUGUUAUCUCUGCCAAUCCUUUCGGAGAGCAAGGAGCAGUGGGUUUACCCGGUUUGCCAGGAGGUCCUGGCCGACCUGGACCUCCAGGUGCACAAGGUCCGGUAGGUCCCCCAGGACCCAGAGGCCUUGAGGGUCGUCCAGGUGCUCCUGGUCCACCCGGGCCUAAGGGGAAUAUGGGUUUGAAUUUCCAAGGACCCAAAGGAGAAAAGGGUGCACCAGGUUUGCAAGGACCUCCUGGUCCUCCAGGACAGGUUGGGGAGCAGACAAAGCCGGCUGAGACUGAAAUUCAGAGAGGAGACAAGGGCGACCAAGGACCUCCUGGCCCUAAAGGUGAUCAGGGUUUACCGGGACCUCCUGGUCCCUAUGGUGGGCAGAAAGGAGAAAAAGGAGAACCAGGAGAGCCGGGCAAACGAGGAAAACCAGGCAAAGAUGGUGAUCCUGGUUCUCCAGGAUACCCAGGGCCCUCUGGAGAGACAGGCCAGCCUGGUCUUCCAGGGAGGGAUAGUGAGACAGGACAAAAAGGUGAUCGUGGAUUCCCGGGUCCACCAGGGCAGGUGAUUGGCGGGCCAAUAGGGAAUCAGGUGGGGCCUAAAGGUGAACCUGGCUUACCUGGAACACCUGGACUCAAAGGAGACAGAGGAGUACAAGGACCUCAAGGCGCCCAAGGUUUCAAGGGAGACAGAGGUUUUCCAGGAACACCUGGCUCUGUCGGCCCCAGCGGUCCUCCUGGUCCUCCCCGCCUCCCCGCCUCACUGGAGAGAAGGGAGAUCCAGGUGAUCCCGUCAGAGUUAAUGGUUUGAGGGGAGAGAAGGGUGACACUGGCUUCCCUGGACCACCUGGUCUGCCCGGUCUGGACGGGGCGCCUGGUCGUGAUGGAGCCUCUGGGCCUCCUGGGCCUAAAG